UAUAGAUCAUGCCAAAUAGUAUUUCUCUCAGUUUCUAUCUACGAAGAAAGAGAGCAGAGAAAACUCCCCAUUCCCAACACACUCUGUGUCUGUCAAUGGAGCUUGUAAUGGCAAUAUGUCUCCUAUUUCUUUGUAGCCUCAUUUCCUAUAUUUGUAAUAUGGUUUUUCGGAAGAGAAACCAAUGUUGCUAUAUGUUGGGUUAUGAGUGUUACAAGGCAAGUGAUGACAGAAAGCUUGACACUGAAGCCUGUGUGAGAGUUGUCAUGAGGAACAAGAAUCUUGGUCUUGAACAAUACAGGUUUCUUUUAAAGACCAUUGUCAGUUCAGGUCUUGGUGAAGAAACUUAUGGUCCGAGAAAUGUUCUUGAUGGUAGAGAGGAGUCUCCUACUGAAAAGGAUGCACAUACAGAGAUGGAUGAGAUAAUGUUUGAUACUCUUGACAGUCUCUUCGCUAAAACAGGAGUUUCUCCAUCCGAAAUAGAUAUACUCGUUGUCGAUGUGUCGUUGUUUUCUCCAUCACCUUCCUUAACGGCUCGAAUUGUAAACAGAUACAAGAUGAGGGAUGACAUCAAGUCCUUCAACCUCUCUGGCAUGGGAUGUAGUGCAAGUAUGGUAGCCAUUGACCUUGUCCAGCGCUUGUUCAAGACUUACAAGAAUCAAUUUGCAAUUGUUGUGAGCACUGAAUCGAUAGGUUCACAUUGGUAUUGUGGCAAAGAAAAGUCCAUGAUGUUAUCUAAUUGCCUGUUUCGUUCCGGGGGGUCUUCCAUUCUCUUGACAAACAAAAGAGCUUUAAAGGAUCGAGCCAUCUUCAAGUUGAAAUGUGCCGUGCGAACCAAUAUUGGCUAUGACGAUGAAGCAUAUGGAUGUUGCAUGCAACUUGAAGAUGAGGAAGGGUACCAGGGAUUUCUCCUAACGAAAAGCUUGACAAAAGCUGCUGCUAAAGCAUUUACCAUGAAUCUCGAAAUUCUAGUGCCCCAAAUAUUACCAGUGACAGAACUUCUUCGAUAUGCAAUAUCAUUUCUUGGAAGUAAAAGGAUCAAAGGCCAAACUCCUGAUGCAGCAAGAGCUUUGAGUUUCAAUUUCAAUCUCAAGUCCGGGAUUGAGCACUUCUGUCUCCAUCCUGGUGGAAGGGCAGUGAUCGAUGGACUUGGAAAGAGUUUGCGGCUUAGCGAAUAUGAUCUUGAGCCAACUAGAAUGGCACUGUACCGAUUCGGGAAUACAUCAGCCGGAGGCCUAUGGUAUGUUUUGAGUUACAUGGAGGCUAAGAAGAGGCUCAAGAAAGGUGACAGGAUUCUGAUGAUUAGCCUUGGAGCUGGUUUCAUGUGCAACAAUUGUGUGUGGGAGGUAAUGAAGGACGGUUUGGAAGAUACUCGAGUGUGGGAAGACUGCGUAGAUAGUUACCCCAGAAAAAACCUGGUCAACCCUUUCACAGAGAAGUAUAGCUGGAUCAAUGAUGAGUGUCUAAACUUUGUCAGGCUUGACUAGAAACUAGCUGUCUGCAUAUUCUGAUUUUUAAAUGUGGUUUCUGCAUCCCCAUAGCCAUAAGCUGCAAUUUAUCUUUUCUUUCAGGAAUUAAGAAGAAGUUACCAUUAAGUUGUAAGGACAUUUCACCAGGCAAAUCUGAAUGGUAUGCUGGUGCAUCAUAAAUUCAUGUUUGAUUCAUGUUAGAUUUUCUA